GGCGGCGUCGGGCCUUACGGUCCUGUGCUGCUCUGGGUGGCGUGAGGCGCUGUCUCCCGAGACCCAGCCCGCAAGGGAGAGGCGAGGGGAGGAGUGAGGAUGGAGGUGGAUGUUCCUGCAGUCUGCUCUUUGCAGUCUCUUGCCAAGCUGCUCAGUGAUGCACGCGAGGAUGAGGAUGACGAUGACGUUGGUCCGUGCUGUUCUGUCAGUGCCGUGACUCCUGGGAGCAUCGGACCAGUAAAGAAAGAGAGCACUGAUACCUUACAAGUGAAAUCUGAACACAGCAAAACUAUUUGGAGCUCAGAAGAGGUCCCAGAAGGAUCCGAAUUUGACGACGCCUGGGAUCCUAGAGAACAGCCAGAGUAUGAGAUUUCCUUCAAACAGCAGGUGGGAACAGAGGAUGUCUUCUUUGGGAUGAGCAGGAAAGACCCUUCCACAGCCUGCUGUGAAGAUAUGGUGAUUAAAAUCAAGCUGCCAGAGACAAAGUUCUCAGACAUCACGUUAGAUAUCCAGGACAAGGUGCUUGACCUCCGAACUCCCCAAAAGAAGCUACUGCUGCAUCUCCCUUGCCCUGUGGACAGCAAGAAGGGGAAAGCUCGUUUCCUCUCUGAAGAGGAGCUCUUGGAAGUCACCUUAAGGAUGAGAAGGGAGUUUGAUUUCAUCAAUUUUGCCUAAUAGAGAAGUGGAGGAUCUUCACAAAAAGGAAUCUCUGUAAAUCUGAAGUCUUUUCAAAAUCUGAGUAGUUGUGAGAUUGUUCCCCUUUAUCAGUCCAGGGGGACUGUAACAGAAUAAAUUCAGUAAGCCAGGAGGAAAAGGAGGUCCAUGCAUCACACCCACACAUCCUGUAAGCUGGGGCUGUCUGGCUCUUGAACUGCUCUGGUUAACAUUCUGCUUCCUGCUGUCCAACACGGGCUCUGAAUUGGAAAACAGCAGGUCACAAAGUCUGCAGAGUGGGGAAAGUCUUCCUGUGGUCUCUAAGUAGCGUGAGGAGGCUCUGACCAGCAGCUCUGGCUCCUGGUUACUGUUGGAAGACUUGCAAGUGAGGUGCAUUUGGCCCCCUGUGCUGGCACUGAGGCCUCUUCAGGUCCCCUCCAAAACUCUUUGGAGAUCCAUAGCCACGUCUCUGGGCUUCUUUACCCUGGCAGAACAAGGCAGGCAGCUACUGCUGGAUUGCUGAACAACUCAGCUCUUUUGAAUGGCUUUUGACAAUAUGUGGUUCAAUGUCAUCCAUUCACCUGCUGUCCCUCCAGCUAUUCUUCUGAUCUUUAUUAAUAAAAGAAUAUGCUCUAAUGAA